UAGAACCAAUGAAAGCCGAGGCAUGGGUUUUAGAGAUGGAGAAGUUGUUUGAAGUUUUUCCCAGUACAGACGCCCAGAAGGUAUCUCUGGCAGCAUUCACAUUAGACGACGAUGCUCGUAGGUGGUGGAUGAUGGUCCGAGAAAGCAAUCCGGGUUUGACCUGGGCAAAAUUUUUGGAGUUGUUCUACAACAAGCAUUUCCCCCUCAGCGUCCGAGACCGAAAGACCACGGAGUUUCAGAAUCUGGUCCAAGGGAACAAGACGGUCGCAGAAUACGAUCGUGCCUUUAUUGAACUAGCGAGAUAUGCGCCUCAUAUGGUUGAUGACGAGUAUCGAAAGGCGAGGAAGUUCGAAAGUGGGUUGCGUGGGCCGAUACAGGAUCGGGUCAAUAUGCUCAAUAUGCCGACGUACGCCGGAGUACUGGACAAGGCCAUCCUGGCUGAAGCUAAUUUAAACCGAUACCAGAGCUCAAGUGAGGGUCAGAGGAAGAGACAGAAUUAUGAUAGUCGCCGAGUUCCGUUCAAUGCCAAGAAGAGAAUGAGCACGGACAGUUCCAGCAACUCAAAUCAGGGAGGUAACGCCAAGCCGAUGUGCGCGAGUUGCGGAAAGCUACAUUUCGGGGUUUGCCGUUGGGCAACAGGGGCUUGCUAUGAGUGUGGCGAGAUAGGCCAUCGCGUGAAGGACUGCCCGAAAGCAAGGACCGAUGAUGGGAAGAGGACUGGAAGCACCUCGGGCUCUGCACAGAAGAAUAACAUCGGGGGAGUACAGGCGAGGCAGGGCAGAGUUUUCGCAUUGGUGCCAGGAGACGCCCAGAAUGCUGAAACAGUGGUGUCAGGUACCAUUUCAAUUUGUUCUCAAGAUGCAUACGUAUUGAUUGAUUCGGGUUCUACGCAUUCAUUUGUGUCCACCAUAUUCGCCGAGAAGUUGGAUAGAGAAUUAGAACCCCUUGAUUAUGUAUUAUCUGUGUCUACCCCAUCUGGGAGAAAUAUGAUUGUUACAUCCAUUUAUAGGGCGUGUAUUGCUAUGAUUGAGAGUGUAGAAUUGUUAGUUGAUUUGAUGCCAUUAAACAUGACUCACUUCGAUGUUAUAUUGGGAAUGGACUGGUUAGCGGCGAAUCAUGCAUCCAUUAAUUGUGUUACUAAGAACGUCACAUUGAAGACCCCAAGUCAAGCUGAUUUCCCUCUUGAUCGAAAAGAUUUCUCGAGGAUUGCAGUGCCAUUGACACAACUAACGAAGAAGGGAACAGCUUAUGAAUGGACCGACGAAAGAGAAUCAGCUUUCCAGGAACUGAAGGCGAGAUUGGUUACAGCACCAGUUUUGGUACUACCAUCAGCUAAUGAGGAAUUUCAGAUUUAUAGCGAUGCUUCACACAAAG